AUGAUGCAGUCCAACUGGGAGAUUACCGACACGGUCAAGCAGAAUGCGAUCCUUGCGAGCACCAUGGAAGCCAUGCAUCGCAUCGCACCGCUGCAACUCGCCGAGACGUCCUUUGACAACGUCGGUCUGCUCUUGCAAGCACCAUCGCCCGUCAGCGGCCAAUCCGGCGAGAAGCAAGGCGUCAUGCUCGCCAUCGAUCUGACUACGGAUGUAUGCGACGAGAUCCUUUCCUCGCCAGAAAACGUCAAGGUGGCGCUCGUGUACCAUCCGAUCAUCUUCCGAGGUCUCAAGUCGCUCACAUUCGCUGAUCCUCAGCAGACGAGUCUGUUGCGGUUGGCAGCUGCUGGGGUAAGCGUCUACUGCCCUCAUACUAGCCUCGACGCGACGCUAGGAGGUAUCAACGACUGGCUAGGAAAGGUGGUCUCCUCGAAGGAAACGUUUGCCGAGCUCGAGUCGCCGGAGGCGCUGGAUUCGUUCCGAACCAACGCCUUCGCUGCGCUCAGCGCUAGCAAGAACACACCAAAAGGCUACGAGGCGGCGGGACUUGGUAGACUCAUCAAACUCGAAGAACCGCAAUCCUUCGACGAGAUCGUGAGAAGGGUCAAGCAGAACCUCGAUCUGCCGCAUGUUCAAGGCUGCAAAGCGUCGGACAAGCCCAUCUCCACCAUUGCUGUCUGUGCCGGCUCGGGGUCAAGCGUCUUCUCGGGCGUCAAGGCGGACCUCUAUUUGACAGGCGAGCUCUCGCACCACGAGAUCUUGGCGUACAAAGCUGCAGGCGCAUCUGUCAUUGUCACCAACCAUACAAACACCGAGAGAAAGUACCUCCGCGACGUUCUGCAGCACUGGUUGCGACCAGAGCUUCCGAGCCAAUACUCCAUCAGCGUCUCCAAGACCGAUCGAGAUCCGUUGACUGUUUUGUAG